GUCGAUAAAUAGAUGCUUAGAAAAAGAAUCUUAUAGAGUGAAACGCAGUUCAAAGUUGCAAAACUUACCGGCGAAGUCGACGGUGACCGGAAACAACCAAUCGACGGCAGGGAGAAAUGGUGAUCAGCACUACAAUCGCCGACUCCGAUCAGAACCUCCACUCCACUUUCGCAUCCAGAUAUGUCCGUACAUCUCUUCCUAGGUUUAAGAUGGCUGAUCAAUCUAUACCAAAGGAUGCAGCAUACCAAAUAAUAAGCGAUGAGUUGAUGCUCGAUGGAAACCCGAGAUUAAACCUGGCGUCAUUUGUGACGACAUGGAUGGAGCCAGAGUGCGAUAAACUUAUCAUGUCAUCUCUCAAUAAAAACUACGUUGACAUGGAUGAGUACCCUGUCACUACUGAACUUCAGAAUCGAUGUGUGAACAUGAUAGCGCAUCUCUUCCAUGCUCCCAUUGGAGAAGACGAUGCUGCUGUUGGUGUAGGAACCGUUGGAUCAUCAGAGGCGAUAAUGCUUGCAGGUCUUGCUUUUAAAAGAAAGUGGCAAGCCAAGCGGAAAUCUCAAGGAAAGAGUUGCGAGAAUCCUAACAUUGUCACUGGAUCUAAUGUGCAGGUCUGUUGGGAGAAAUUCGCGAGGUACUUCGAGGUGGAAUUGAAAGAGGUGAAAUUGAAAGAAGGCUAUUACGUGAUGGACCCUGCAAAAGCUGUAGAAAUGGUGGAUGAAAAUACGAUCUGUGUUGCUACAAUUCUCGGAUCCACCAUGAACGGAGAAUUUGAAGAUGUGAAGCUUCUCAACGACCUUUUAGUGAAGAAAAACGAAGAAACCGGAUGGGAAACCUCGAUUCACGUUGAUGCAGCGAGUGGAGGGUUUGUUGCUCCUUUUCUUUACCCUAAUCUUGAAUGGGAUUUUAGAUUACCACUUGUGAAGAGUAUUAAUGUUAGUGGACAUAAGUAUGGGCUCGUGUAUCCUGGUGUUGGUUGGGUUGUGUGGAGGACGAAAGAUGAUUUGCCGGAUGAGCUUGUGUUUCAUAUAAACUAUUUGGGAUCGGAUCAACCAACCUUCACUCUUAAUUUCUCUAAAGGAUCGAGCCAGAUAAUUGCGCAAUACUAUCAAUUCAUACGGCUUGGUUUUGAGGGUUACAAGGAUAUCAUGACAAAUUGUCACGAAAACACAAUGGUGCUCAAAGAAGGGUUAGAAAAGACGGGAAAGUUCAAUAUAAUAUCCAAAGACAGCGGGGUCCCAUUACUAGCUUUUUCUCUUAAAGACAGUUCAAAGUACACCGUGUUUAAUAUAUCCGAGUCUCUAAGACGAUUCGGAUGGAUCGUUCCCGCUUACACCAUGCCACCAGAUGCACAACAUAUUUCUGUUCUUCGAGUCGUAAUUCGUGAGGACUUUAGCCAUAGCCUAGCAGAUAGACUCAUUGCAGAUAUUGUCAAAGUAGUUCACGAGCUUGAAGGUGCACGGUUCACGGCUAACACGAGUGGUGCACACGAUGGUGGAACCGUUGAACAUGUUGAACAUGGCUUGAGGCCUAUGGAACGAGGAAUAGCCAAGUAUUUGAGGAGGUUCGUUCAUGGCAAGAAAACAAGUAGUGUUUGUUAGCGUUUUGGUUUGUUUUUCUAUAUCAUUCAAACUAAGGGUUUUUUUCAUAUUAAUUACCGAAGGGAUAAGAUUUAUAAUGAUGUCGAGGUUGCUUUUUGUUUUCUAGAAUAAAU